CCUCCCCGGCGCGGGCGGCGCCAUUUUACCCCCCCUCCCUCAGCGGCCGUGGCGGGUGGGGGGAACAGCGCGAAGCCGUCGUCGCUUUUCCGUCCCCCUCGUUUCUCGCCUCGGUCCAGGCAGCGCGUGGAGGGGAAGGACCGAGGUUCAGUGCCUGCCCCUCGCUUUCCCCUCUCGGCUGUCCGCACACGGGGUGGGGGGAUCGGGCACCACAAGCUGCUCCCACCUUCCUUCCAUCCUUCCUCCCCUGCACAUCUCAGCCUCCUCAUCCAUCCAUCCAUCCAUCCCCAGGGAUGAGCAGCACUGUGGCCAGUCCGAUGUCAGCAGUUGCCUCUUCGAGCAGUGGAAGAAAAUCAACAAGCUUUACACUUGAAUUGCAGAGUAUGAUGUUUUCCCUGGGAGAUGCUCGCAGGCCACUCCAUGAGACUGCAAUUCUGGUGGAAGACAUUGUCCACACUCAGCUGAUAAAUUUGUUGCAGCAAGCAGCUGAAGUUUCUCAGAUGAGAGGGGCUCGAGUCAUCUCUGCUGAAGAUCUCCUGUUCUUGAUGCGCAAAGAUAAGAAGAAGCUUCGAAGGCUACUUAAAUACAUGUUUUUUCGAGACUACAAAUCUAAAAUUGUCAAAGGAAUAGAAGAAGAUGACCUCCUCGAAGACAAAUUCAACAGCAAUAACACCAACAAGCGGCAGAAGCUGGCCCAGGACUUUCUCAACUCCAUUGACCAGACUGGAGAGCUCUUGGCCAUGUUUGAAGAUGAUGAGAUUGAUGAUGUCAAGCAGGAGCGCAUGGAGAGAGCAGAAAGACAAACACGAGCCAUGGACUCGGUCCAGUAUGCAGAAUUCUGUGAAAGUCGGCAAUUGAGUUUUUCAAAGAAAGCAUCCAAGUUCCGUGACUGGCUGGACUGUAGCAGUAUGGAAAUAAAGCCAAAUGCAGUUGCAAUGGAGAUUUUGGCAUAUUUAGCAUAUGAAACUGUGGCCCAGCUCGUGGACUUGGCCCUUUUGGUUAAACAGGAUAUGACUCCCAAAGCUGGUGACCCAUUCAGUCAUGCCAUAUCUGCCACCUUCAUACAGUACCACAACUCUACCGAGCCACAUCUCUUAGGGCAGUCUACGAGUGUGAAGACCAGUCUUGACUCCCCUGAGAACACACCACCCCCUACACCAACCCCGCCAGCAUCAGCAGGGCAGCAACACCUUGGGAAAACCCCCUCAGGAGCCUUGGGGAACGGUGGAAUUGGACAGGACUCCACCAAAUCCAAACAAAGGAAAAGAAAAAAGAGCACUGCAGCCUGUGGGAUGGAGGCUCAAAGUGAUGCCAUCCAGCCCAGCCACAUCAGAGAGGCCAUUCGACGCUACGGCCACAAGAUUGGCCCCCUUUCCCCAUUCACAAGUGCCUACCGCAGGAAUGGGAUGACUUUUCUCGCCUGCUGAUGUGGAUGUGGCUGCAGCAACAGGAAAGACAGUAUUAUUAAGAGCUAACCAUGAUGAUGCUUGAGCAAAGGCUCCUGCUUCAGCCUGUCACCAGGAUCUGCUGGCACAUCCUGCUGGUGUCCCUGUGGUACCCACAGGUCAGGGGUCUUCUUCAGCUGCCCAGAGCUCAGGCUUGGAAUCCAGCUUAAGCCUCAAGUUAAUACGGAGCACUCAAGGGAUCAAGAAAAGAACAGCAAAGUAUUUUAUGUAGUGCAGCCAUCCUCCUCCUUUGUGCUUAGUAUGUGAGGUCUUAAUUUUCACUCCUGCUCUGUGCUCUUGUGGUCAUUUGUAGGUGGUUUUGUUGACCUGCUCUCCUGGACCUGCUUGCAAAAACUUUAAAAAUAUGUAUAUUUUUUAAAUAAAUGGAAAAAUGUCUCUUUGCCACCAAAAUAUUGUAAAAGUGAACGUAGUAUGUCCAAUAUUGCUGCCAUUCAUAAAUUGUUUUUUUCUUUUAUCUGCUUACAUUUCUGUUUUCUGGAAAUUUUCUGUGUGUGAAGGACUAAAAGCAAUGUGUACAAUGUAUUAAAUGAGGCAAAGGGGAAGUUUUCUGAUGUUCCA